AUGGCGGGGUUCAAGAGAGGUCACGAUGGGAAGAUCGCCGGGCUGUACGACCUGGACAAGACGUUGGGACGAGGACACUUUGCUGUGGUCAAAUUAGCACGCCAUGUCUUCACUGGAGAAAAGGUAGAUAGCUAAGUCUGUCAAUGGUUAAUUGGUUGAUUAAUAUAAAGUAAUUGUUUUGCAAUCAUUCUGUAAUUAUUAUUGCAUAUAAAGGUGACACUUAGUUAAAGACAUGUUCCGGAACAACUAGUAAGUAUUUUUUAAACCUCACGCUUUGGGCUGGAUGUGUCAAUGUGUAGCCUAGUUCAUACAUGUAUAAUCUAUCAGCAGAAUUACUCUUACCUCCAUUAGCCACGAAGUCCCUAGUUUGAAAGCGACUCUUUUCUGGAAGCUGUGCGGCGCCAUUUUCCCUACAUUUCCCCACAUGUGGGCCAGCCCCCUAGCAAUUUGAGUUUCAGCCAAUGAGCUUCAGCCCCUCGCCGUUUGAGUGACAGCUAGCAAGAUGCACCCACAGCAGAGUGAGAGAGAGAGAGCAAUGACGUGGUGCACAUAUCUGCACAUAUGUGACGUAGUACGCAAUUUCCGGGGACCACCUUUUGGCUAGUGAGCGCUACUUUAAGAACUACUGCCUAAAAAGUAUUCAAAAGUACUGGAAAUCUCUUUAUGUUCAGACUGGACCAUGGAGCUUCUGAUGAUGAUGUUGUUGAUAAUUUUGUUGAUGAUGAUGAUCAGUGGUGUAAAGUACUUAGAGUAAAAAAACGUUAAAGUACUACUUAAGUCGUUUUUUGGGGGUAUCUGUACUUUACUAUUUAUAUCUUAAACAUUCCUGAAAAAUAUAAUGUAGUUUUUACAGCAUAUAUUUUCCCUGACACCCAAAGUACAUGUUGAAUGCUUAGCAUAAAUAAUUUUGAAAUUAUUUAUACUUUUACUUUUGAUACUUAGGUAUAUUUUAGCAAAUUACAUUUACUUUUAAUACAUAAUUAAGUACACUACCAGUCAAAACGUUUUAGAACACCUACUCAUUCAAGGGUUUUUCUUUAUUUUUAAUAUUUUUUACAUUGUAGAAUAAUAGUGAAGACAUCAAAACUAUGAAAUAACACAUAUGGAAUCAUGUAGUGACCAAAAAAAGAGUUAAAACAAAUCAAAAUAUAUUUUAUAUUUGAGAUUCUUCAAAUAGCCACCCUUUGCCUUGAUGACAUCUUUGCACACUCUUGGCAUUACUAUUCCAGGUAGCUGUGAAGGUGAUAGAUAAAUCCAGGUUGGACCCGGUGGCCAGAGCUCACCUGUUCCAGGAGGUCAGGUGUAUGAAGCUGGUGCAACACCCCAAUGUGAUGCGUCUGUACGAGGUCAUCGAUACGCAGACCAAGCUCUACCUCAUCCUGGAGCUGGGUGAUGGAGGAGACAUGUACGACUGCAUCAUGAAGCACGACGGAGGACUCACAGAGGAGGUAUGUGGUGGGUGUGGGAAUGUGUGUGUGGUGGUGGGGGAGUGGGUGGGUGUUGUUGGGGGAGAUGGUGGGUGUUGUUGGGGGAGAUGGUGGGUGUUGUUGGGGGAGAUGGUGGGUGUUGUUGGGGGAGAUGGUGGGUGUUGUUGGGGGAGUGUGUGUGUGUUGUUGGGGGAGUGUGUGUGUGUGUGGUGUGUGUGUGUGUGUUUGUGUUCAUGCUUACAUUUAUAUUUGUGUUUGAUCAAAGAGACCUACAGCAGCCUUCUAAAUAUCCUACCAAAUGUUAUGACCAGAAUACUAAAGCUGAACAUUUGUUCUCUCCUCUCCUUCUCCCUCCAGGUGGCGAAGCGUUAUUUUGCCCAGAUUGUCCAAUGCCAUCUCCUACUGCCACCGGCUACACGUGGUGCACCGCGACCUCAAGCCGGAGAAUGUGGUGUUCUUCGAGAAGCAGGGCCUGGUCAAGCUCACUGACUUUGGCUUCAGCAACAAGUUCCAGCCAGGAGAGAACCUGACCACAUCCUGUGGCUCUCUGGCCUACCACAUCCUGUGGCUCUCUGGCCUGUCACAUCCUGUGGCUCUCUGGCCUGUCACAUCCUGUGGCUCUCUGGCCUGUCACAUCCUGUGGCUCUCUGGCCUGCUCAGCACCAGAGAUUCUGCCGGUAGAUGAAUAUGAUGCGCCUUCCGUGGGUGAGUGUCUCCCAGAUAACUACUGA